AUGAACGAGUUGAAGAGAUUCCCCUCGACUCUUUACUCAUUUCUAUUCUUUGCCAUCAUCACUUUCAUCCACAAUGUCACCUCAACAGCCACUGGAUGUAGAGCUAAUCGUUUUCGUGAGGUGAUCGGUCAUGAGAAAGAUGAUUAUCUCAUUUAUGGAAUCACUCAGGAUUGCCAGCUUUUCUUUGUUCGUUCCUAUCAAUUGGAUUACUUGAACUCGAUACAGGUAGAUCCACGGAAUGGCUAUUGUUCUCCAGGGGUUGUUCAACUUCACAUCUCCUCAGCGAGCACAAUAUUGUUAUUGAUGAGACAAGGUCCAUCAAGACUAUGCACUUUGGAGUUGAGCAUUCCACCGCCAGAGAUCAUCUUUGGCACUCAUUUGUUCAAAUUCUCUGUGGUGACGUCACUUCGUUUCAUGGUUUGCUCGCAUGCUCAAGAUUUUCAUCUAAAUCCCGCACAAACCUUUCUUGAUACAGCUUUUCAGGAUGUGAUUUAUGCGAUUGAUGGUGAAUCGACGGGUUCUCAAUGGAUGGCGAAACAGUUGGUGAUUAGAAAUGGAACUCUUCGACUCCUCGGCUCCGUCCUUUUCGAUCGUUAUCCAACAGAUCCUAAAGGAGACGAUGUAAAAACAGAAGCUAAAGAAUUUGUGCUCGGGAGAGAUUCAGCGAGAAAAUCCCUCACCAUCAUUGAUCAACACACUCGAGAAUACACGAAAAGCUGUCUAUUUGAUCUUUUGUUCAGACCUCAUGCGGUAAAAGUCGAACACGGAAAGAUCGAGAAUCCAUUUGGUGGCGGAGCGACACUUCAUUCUGUCUCCACUGAGGGAAAGAUUUUUGUGAUUGGAGAGGAAAAGAGAGCAAGUCAAUACAUUACCUCGACUUUUGUCUACGCGAUGAACUCGACUAGCUCGAGUCGAAUGAGUUGCAUUGCACAGAUGGAUUUCGCUGCCGAAGUAGGCGUGAUUCGAAUAUCGACACUAAAACAGAUGAGAGACGAGCCUUUACCUAAAUUUUCUCCACAUAAGAAGAAGGAUUUUCAUCGAAGGAUAUCCGAAGAAUUUGAAGAUGAGAAAAUGGAAGUGAAAGAAAAGGAAAGAGAUCGAGAAAUGAAUCGAGUGAUUGGAGAUGAGAUCAGAGGAGAUGCAGAUGCAGAUCAGAUGAGAGGAGAUGCAGAGAAAAUGACAACAAAAACAAUAUUGCAUCAAAUGGAGGAUCAAAAAGAAUCUGGAGAUCAGUUCUCGGUAGAGACAGUUGAUCACAAUAAAGAUGAUGAAGAAAUGGGUGAAAUGAAAGAACGAGAAGAGCACAAAAAUGAAAGACAUCACCAUCAAAAGCAUGAUCAUCCGACCACAAAUGCUGAAGAUUUGAAUCGAAAUCCGGAAAAACCAACAGGAAUUCCCGUCACCGAUUCUCAUCAGAAUUCUCUUCCCGGUUCUCCCACAAAUGAUACUCUCACCUCGUCAUUCCCAUCUUUAUCAAUUCUUUUCUCUUGUGCCUCGACUACUUUCAGCGCUUUCCUUGUCAUUUUCCUCAAC